UGAAGGCGGAAGAAAGGGCGAACGGGCAAAAGAGUCAACUAUGAAUGGAAUGGCAUACACAGAUGUGCGGAAUGAAGAGAGGAAAGAAGACCAAUGGCUGCUGGGAGUGUGUCGAAUUAGAAGGAAAGGAAUCGGUCGGAGGCCAGAUGAAACUCUAGGCUUUGGCUUCCUUGUUAAGGAUUUGAUCAUUCCUAACCCAACCAGUAGCUUUAAAUAUUGUCUCAUAACAGCCACUCAAAGUAUCGAUGCUAAAGAUUCCUCGCAAAGUUAUUAUUUGGAGUUUAAAAAGUUGAAUUCAAAGGUGAAGACGGUUCCACUACGCAAAAUCGCAGAUCUACAGGAAGCCUUUCGAGCUUAUAACUUGUUGUUCAUUCGGUUAAAAGAGCCUCCCAGUAAAUGCUAUAAGAAGAAGGAGAGCAUAUUUACAUAUCGACCUUUCGAGUUGACCAACGAGAAUCAAAUUGCAUCGACUGAUUUAUUGUGUGUUUUAGUGGAGGACAAAGAGAAAUCUUUUGAUGCGAUAGACCUGAAAAUUCAGCGGAGAACUGAACAAAACUCUGACAAGAUUACUUUCGAAGUCAUAGAAUACCAAAAUGUUUUAACGACACGCUCAGAACUCAUUCGCAACAAAAACCGUAUGCCAGAUGGUGGUGUGAUCUUGAUGCAUCAAGAAAACAAAGACAAAAGAUUUAAAGCGGCGGGAUGCCUUGAUUUUGCAGACGACGGAUCUAUAUGUCCUGUCUUUUUCCCUCUCAUUCCUAUAAAUACUUGCCAAGAUGGUUCUCGAACAACAAAUGCAACUUCCCUAGGAGGAGUGACUGUAGCACCCACCCUCACUCCUGAGUCUGCUGUUGUAGCUGGCAUUAGGGAUGCCACUGCUCCUAUCACUGUCACUGUUACUGCUGCACCUGACCAUGUUGCUGUUAGUGCUGCUACUAUUGGCACUACCACCAUUACAGGUGUCUCUUCUACCCUCAACACCGACACUGUUGCUGUCACUUCUACUGGUGCUAUCACUAGAGCUGGUUGUGAAGGAGUAGCCUCACUUCAACAGGGAAUAGAAAGCACAAAUACUGAAGACUCCUUGCAAGUUGAAUCACCUCCACAGGGGGAAGCAAGUGAAAACUAUGAAAAUUGUUUUGUUUCAGAAAUACUACAAGAAUGCAAAUGUAAGGGCCUUUUAGACAAGUUAAUUCGUGGACUUGGUAACACAGCCAACCCUUGUAUAGCAAACUGGGAACAUCUGGCUUGCAGUACAGAAGUGAAUGCUCCCUUUUGGACUCGGCUCAAGUGUAAAUUGCCCAAAAACUACAGCCAAACUCUACAGCUCUUUGAGGUCCUGGCUGGGCAUGUGUAUGAUGACGGGGGAGUUGUUACUAUAGCAAAACUGGUUAAAGCACUGAGAGAUGAUAAAAUGGGGCGAAACGAUGUUGCUGGUAUGAUUGAAGCUGCAUAUUUGGAAACAGAUGAUGGAAUUUCUAUACAAACAUUAAAUGACUUCUUGGUGUCCAAUUCCAACAGUGAUCUGGUUACCAAAAUCAUCACGAAGCUGGAUGAUCAGUCAUCACGAGUUAACUGCAACUGGAAGCAUUUAGGCAUUUAUUUUGGUAUCAAAUCUGUAACUCUGAAUACAAUUGAAUAUUGUUUUCCGCAUAAUCCAGCAAAGAACUUGAUGGAAUACCUCAUUUCAGAACAGAAAGAUCUCACAGUGGAAAAUCUUUACCAAAAAGUAAAGCAAAAUUUGAAGGGAAGAGCUGAUGUCCUAUGCAAAUUAGAACCUUUCCUCAAAGGAGAUGAUGGCAAUUGCAAACUGUUGGAAGACGUGAUUAAUUUAGACAUUGAUCUAGAUGAAUUUUACAUUUGUUUGAACAAGAAAAAAGACUGGAAGUACCUAGCAUUUGCUUAUGAUAUCCCUCGCAAAAUCUACAAAGAUUUUGAUACAGAGAAGCUUAAGAGUCCUGCUGAACAGUUCUUUGAAUGGCUGGUUGUGAACAAGACUAAACUAACAGUGGGUCAGCUUUGUAAUGCUCUUGAACGUGUAAAGAGAAAUGACUUAGUGAGAGAAAUUAGGGAGUACUUUAAACCACGCCAUUCUUCUCAACACUUAGCUCUAUGAAAACUUUUUCAAACCUGUCCCAAAGGCUUGUCUCAUUGGAUACAGGAUGGGGUAUUUUUUUAUGAAGAGGUUAAGUAUUUUUUUUGGAACCACAUCCUUUUAGUAAUGAAGAGUAGAGCUCUUUUUAAAAGCUAAGCUAAGUUAGAUUGCCAUAUUUAGUAGACUAGAGGUAAUCUUUUCAAAGUACUCUCCAACAAAUUUCUUUACAAGUUCAGUUAGGCAUAUAAAACACAGUGAAGGCCAGACUGCAAACAUCUUGACUUAGAGAGGGAGGCUCAACAUGUCUUUAAUAACCUUUUACACCCUAAUGCAUUUAAUUAGGUAUUUAUAUCUCCUCAGUGAUCCCUAGCUCUAUGUUUCCUUUGAUGACAAGUAUGUGUUUAAUUAUCAAGAUCUUUUUAAGUUGGUGAUCAUGUCCAUUAUUCUUUUGACCAUUACAUUUGACUCAAUGGUGAUACUGUAAGGAAAAAUUAGAAGCCAGUUACUCUGAGGGGUUUAAAGGUUAUACAACUCCAAAAGGAAAGAUGUGACAAGUUUGUGUCAGACCAGCCAUGAACUACUUUUUAAAAGUAUUUAAAUGGAAUAAGUCUUAAAUUUGUAUUUUUUACUUAAAUGUUUGUAAUAAAACACU